CUCUUCUCACAGUCCCAAAAUCCUUCCCUCCGAUGAACCAUGUCAAGAAUUUGACGACCCAUGUCCAGAAUUUAAUAUCAAACACGUAUUCUCUUCUCAAUACCCAGAAGAAUUGCACAACCCAGUUCUCAUUCCGGAUUCGUUCCCUCCGGAGACCCAAGAUAAUAGCCUUCGUGGUCGGAGCCGCACUCCAGCUCCGACGCCGUCGCUGGAAUACCUAUCAGAUCAUUGUUUUGACUCUUAACUAUAAUAUGCAGAAACUUGUUGGCAUGGGAGGUGAAGGUGGAAUGGGUGGGACGGAUUUCUCGAAACUUGCUGGCAUGGGAGGUGAUGGUGCAAUGGGUGACUUUGAUGAUAGCGAUGAUGAGUUCAUGCAUUCUUGGUUCUAAGAUACAGCAAAAGGGUGAUCAAGAAGAAGCUCCAGCCAAUAUGCAGUCUCCUAGCCUAAAUAUGACAGAUGUUGUCGGGGUGUCUGUGAAAUGUUACUUUGUCUCAACAGGUUGAAACUACUAAGUGUUGACAAUAGUUCCUCAGAGGUUUACAAACAGCGAGUCAAGAAUCUGCUUAAGUACCAAGUUCAUGGUUAGCUUAUUGAAGUUCUAAGUCAACAAUCUGCUUGUGUACCAACCGUAGAUGAACUCUACUUUUAAGUUGAGAGUAUAAGGAUGUUGAGCAUUGUUAUUUUGGUUGACUUGGCAACGUUGGUGUAUAUUUUGUUGAGCAUGUUGCCACUGAUCGAAAGAUGUUGUUUCAGAUGUUGGGCUCUCAAUUCUCAAUACAUGUGUAUUUGUAUGACUAUAUUUCACUAUUUCUGAAUUGUUACUGAUUUCCAAGUAAA